CACCUCAGUACAUGUGGUGUAACACUCGCGAGCAGAAAGCAUUUUAAACUUUGCACAAUUGCAACAUUAUAUUAGAAGUGUCGCCACACUGUUACAGUACCUGUGAUAAUAUUUUUUUUAAUCAAAAGUAAUAUUUCGUUGAAAAGCUUCAACAAUGACAUCAGUCGAUAAUUCUCUGGACAAUCUUUUGAUCCAACUUGGAGAUUUUGGAAAAUAUCAGUCUUUAAUGUUCGGAUUAGUUUGUAUCGGAGUAAUAUUACAUUCUGGGGUGCAUGUAGCUUUUGUUUUCACCGCAAUGGAUUUGGAAUACAGAUGUGCGAUACCAGAAUGCGACGCUACAAACAAUACUCACUACGAUCCUCCGUGGCUACCCAACGCUGUUCCCUUUGCCAACGACGCACCAUCCAAGUGCAUGAAAUUUGUGAUAAAUAAUGCGACUGAAAACUUCGAAAACUGUAAUAAAGCAUCAGACUUCACAACACAGACCCAAAGGUGUCACUCUUUUGUGUAUAAAACACAAGAAAAGAGCAUUCUACAAGAGUAUGACCUCCAAUGUGACGACAACUUAUGGAAACUAACUCUAGUAGGUACAAUUAAUAAUGUAGGUCAGUUCGUUGGUUUAUUUAUAUCAGGAAUCAUAUCUGACAAGUAUGGACGGAAAGCCGUGUUCAUCCUUGGCCUGAUUUUCUGUGGCAUUUGCGGAUUACUAAGAACUUUUGCUCCUACUUAUCUCUGGUUUUUAAUUCUUGAAUUUCUGGACGCUGCUUUCGGUGCGGGUAGCUAUGUUUGUGGAUUUAUCAUGGGAGUUGAACUCGUUGGACCUAAGAAAAGAGUUUUGCUAGGUACCCUCAUAAGCUCGUGCCACGCUUUAGGCGAAAUUUUUGCUGCCGGCUCUGCUUGGGUUUUCAAAGCGUGGAGGCCGGUCAUUUAUAUCCUAUAUGGUCCUCCCAUGCUUCUGUUUUUCUACUUCUGGGUGGUACCAGAAUCUGUCAGAUGGUACUUGAGCAAAGGUAGAUUUGAAGAAGCCAAACAAGUGUUGAGACGCAUGGCUCAGGUAAACGGUAAAACGAUAACCGAAAACAUGUUGGAUAAGCUUGUAGUUGUAAACCAAAGCGAAUGCAAGGAUUCAAUCACUGAAGUGUUCAAAUCAAGAAUUUUAGUAAUGAGACUAAUCAACUGCAUUUUUUGUUGGAUUACUUGUGCGUUCCUUUUUUACGGUUUAACGUUAAACUCUGUAGCUUUAGCUGGAAACGGCUAUUUACAAUUUAUACUAACAUCUCUGGUAGAAAUUCCGGCGUACUUCGCCUGUAUUCAUGUUGUUGACAGAAUUGGAAGAAAAUGGUCCCUGAGUGGCUCAUUUUUCAUCACAGGUAUUUCCUGUAUUGUAUUUAUGUGCAUUCCGAAAGGCUAUGAUAAUAUGAGUUUGGCAAUGUGGAUGCUGGGAAAAUUUGGGUCCACUGUGUCUUUUACAGUGGUCUAUAUUAUAACCAGCGAACUAUUUCCAACGCCCUUGCGUCAUUCCAUGAUGGGUUCUUGUUCCACUUUUGGAAGAGUAGGAUCCAUGGUGGCGCCUCAGACUCCACUUCUGGCGCAAAUUUGGGAUCCCUUACCCAUUUUGCUGUUCACCGGAAUGGCUACCAUCGCUGGGCUUUUGACCCUUCUCUUCCCAGAAACUUUGAAUAUAAAGUUACCAGACACAAUCGACGAGGCAGUUAACAUUGGAAAAAAGAAGACAGAUAAUUCUAAAUAACAAGUCUGUGAUCUACUGUGUAACAAAGUUUUGCAAUCACCAAAGUAACCAAAGUUUAGAACGAUAUUUAUUCAGUUAUGUAAUACACGGCACUUUAUUUAUUGCUCGCAAAAAAUCAUUUUGUAAAAAUAUGUAUAAGACGUAGAUAACAGUAUUAUAAAAAUCUAAGUACAAUUACUACUAAAAAUAUCACUUAUC